UUUAGGAUCAGAAAAAAGACCUUGGCGAUAUUCCACUGACAGCCCGUGCCUUACUAGAUUUCAAUAACAACAAUGGACCUGUUGAUCUUUUUGCUUUGCAAUUACUGGAUAAGUGGCAGUCAGAAGGAGACUUGAGCUUAGAUGAACAACUUCAACUCCGAUUAAGCAUCUCAAGAAUCUUGGAUACAAUUGACAGAAAGAAUCCUUUACUUUCCAAAGUUCCAAAAGAGAUAUUGUCUCAACAUAACACAUCGUUUCAAGAAAACGACAUUAAUCUAGAUGAUGAAGUCUCAAAUUUCUUCAGAAAUCUUAAAGAGGAAAACACAACAAAAAGCAGGAAAGAUCUAAUAGUGUACGUUAUGCAGGCAAAGUUAGAUGCUUGGCGAGGUGAAAAUGAAGACCUUAAGAAAGUCAUUGAAAUAUACGAGUAUCUACUUCUAAACCUUAACGAGAUUAACAAGAUUGACAAGACAUCUUCAGAGUUAGAAUGCUUCUUUCCCACUUACAAUAUCUUGAACAUCUUGUUCCGUAAUACAGAUGUCAAGAUUGUUAUUGGUGAAAAAGGAUGCAAUGUGACAAAAACUGCUCGUAUGUUGAGUGAAAAAUCUACUACUUUUAAAAAGCCAUCAAAUGUAUAUGGAAGAAAAAUAGAUUUGAUGCUUAUGCAUGGCGAUACAGUUCUUUGUUGUGCAGAGUGGAAAUCAAUGUCUGCUUCUAUAGCCAUGAUUAAGAAGCAAUUCGUAAAGAAUCUUCGUGUGAAUAAGUGUGUCCUCUUUGACUUGUGUCAAAAACUGAAUGAUGAUGGGGCUGAAAUACUAGCUAUGGAUUGGCGUGGCAAGUAUAUAUUACUACACAUUGAUAUAGGUAUCUCAUCUUUUCUUAGGAUUGCUUGGGUAUGUUUAUACUAUGAAGAAGAUUGACAAGAUUGUAGUCACCAAAAAAGUAUGUGACCUGUUUCUUCCUCAAGAAUAUUGGGAGUUUGGAGACUUUUGUGAUGCAGUCAAGU